UAUAUAGCAAAAUAUGUAUGCUAUAAAGCAAUUAAAAGCGGAUCGUCUACCUUCUAGUAGAAUUAUUCAACAGUUGCCACCAAUUGGCGGAACUUUUAUCUCGACUACAAACUUCAACCAGGUCUGCUUCCCAACCCAAACCUGAUACAAUCCUCCCACUUUUCGCGAAUUUUCCUACAAAACAAUUUACCAGAUACCCUCGGCUCUUCGACAGACAAUUUCGAUGUCGGACAGGGCUACCUCUCCUCGCCCUUCGCGGGGCGAUUUGCCGCCACCUCGCAAACGAAGCAGAAGCGAUGAUCGAAGCCAAUCACCGCGUCGCGAUCGCGACAGACGGGACAGAGAUAACUACCGAAGAGGUGAUAACUAUCGAUCACGAGGUGAAGAUAGGAACCGUGGUGCUGGGCGCGAUGCUUGGAAGGACCGAAGAGAUCGUGACAGAGAUGAGGGCCUUGAUCAAUCGGGGCAGAGCUCGAGAAGACGGGAUGACGAUCAUGUGGAUAAGGACUCGGAUCGGAGAGAUGCGGACAGAAACGAGGGACGAGAUCGAGAUAGGCCUCGACCGAAGAAGGGCUUUGGAGGUUUCAAGUACAAGGAUAAGCGACGCGAUGAUCUAGAAGACAGGGACAAUGAUCGACGAGGCGCCUCCUUUAGAGGCUAUCGAAACCGUUCACUAUCUCCGCAUCGCAGGGACCACGACCGCAACCGUGAUCGUGAUUCUGGACCCUCAUCCUCUACCAAGAAGUCCAAGUCAAAGUCUAGUGGCGGAGAUACAUCUCAGCCUCCUGUGCGACCGCCCGCGGCGCCUGCUGGUGGUGGCGAAGAGAUGAUCGUUGUCAAUGUCAACGAUCGGCUAGGUACGAAGGCCGCCAUCCCAUGUUUCGCGUCAGAUCGCAUCAAGGAGUUCAAGAUCAUGGUUGCCGCACGCAUCGGACGAGAACCCCAUGAAAUCUUGCUGAAGAGACAAGGACAGCGACCAUUCAAAGACAUGCUUACCCUCGCUGACUACGAGGUUAGCAAUGGCGUGCAGCUAGAUCUUGAAGUCGAUACCGGGGACUAAGCAAGGAAUGACUAGAAGCUUCGGAAAGGUUGGAAACCAUGUUGGAGACCUGGUACGGUCCUAGGAUACCUAUACGACAUUGCAUUACUAUUAAAUGAGAACCGAUACCCGUCUGGUCAGCCGAACUUACGUCCGACUAAAUUCUUCCACGUGAAUCUACUAUAUCGUGUUCAAAGCUUACUUAAUAUCAGACAACACAAGUUCAUUACGUCGCCUUCGAAUACAACCGUCGUAUUAUCCCUAGCUGAGAGUCAUCACAAACCUUCAAAUGCGGCAAUGAUAACGCCAUGAGAAGCAUGCCCCAUAUAUACUAAACUAAUCAGUUUGGCAGCCCGUUAAUACCAUACCUUCCGCUGCCGCUUUGCAGUCUCCGGAUCUUUUCGUCCUGUUCCUGAAUUAACCGCUUUUGUCCCUCGAUAGCAAUAUCUCUUGUUUCAACUUCCAUUCUCA